AUGUCUGCUCAACCUACAGUCUAUGUCGUCACCGGUGGUGGACGCGGUAUCGGUCUUGCCUUCGUCCAAGCCUUGGCCGCUCGCCCCAAUACCGUCGUCUAUGCCGGCGUCCGCUCCUUCCCUCCCGCGGCCGACAGCGAGCUCGGCAAGCUCGCCGCUUCCAAACCUGACGUCUGUAUCCCGAUCAAGAUCACCAGUGGGGACGAGGAGGACAAUGCUGCGGCAGCGGCUACUAUCAAGGCCAAGUACGGGAAGGGAGUCUCAGUCGUUAUUGCCAAUGCUGGCAUUCAGACCGGCAUGAAUCCCAUUCAGCAUGCCAAAAUGGAUGACUUCAUCGACAACUUCAAAAUCAAUACACUCUCUCCGGUCUUAUUGCUUCAGAAGCUCUCUCCUCUCCUCCUCCCUGGCGGCAAGUUCAUUGCCAUCUCGUCCCAGCUCGGCCAAAUCACCGACGCCGCACCAUAUCCCUUCUCGUGUUACGGAGCGAGUAAAGCCGCACUGAACUAUGUCAUGAAGAAGGCGGAUAUGGAGAGCCCGGGCGUAACGAUCUUCCCCAUUCACCCUGGGGGUGUCAAGACCCAGAUGACCCUUGACGGACUGAAGGAGGUGGGCAUGAAGCCGGAGGACGUUGGUGCCAUCGAGCCGGAGGAGAGCGUGGCUGGUAUGCUGGACGUGAUCGAUAAGGCGACCAAGGAGAGUCACGGAGGGAAGUUCUGGGACUACAAGGGGGAGCAGAUGACUUUCUGA